CAUUCGAAAUCAGGAGGGAAAUCUCCAUCAUCUUGGCCAGUGCGAGUGCGAGGGCGAGGGAAACCCUCGCCGCCUUCCAUGGCGAACCUCUCCAACCUCAUCCACGAACUGCGCGAGAGGAUCGCAGCCUCCUCCUCCUCCUCCUCCAUUUCCGGCGCCGGUGAGGACCCCCUUGAGACCAAGUUCCGUACCGUCCUUCCCAAUCUCCUCCUCGCCUACGUGCUUCCCUCCUCCACCGCAAACGAGCGCGAGGUCACGGCCGUCCUCAAGCUUCUCUCCCACACCGCCCGCAACUUCCCUGGCGUCUUCUUCCAUGGCCGCUCCGCCGCCGUCCUCCCAGCAUUUGGCCGUAUCCUCCCGUUCCUCGCGGAACCUGCCUUCCGAGUUCGUCAUGGGAUUAUUUUUGACACUAUCUCUUCCCUCCUCACCCUCCUCCGUUCGGGCGACCGUGAAGCUUAUCGCCAGGUCUUUUUGGACGCUAUGGUCGCUGUCGAAGGUAGUCUCCAAUUCUUGCUCAUAUCAUAUCCCUGUAUUUCAAUUUACAAUCUGAAUGUGACCCGAAUCAAAUGCACAGAUGUUUCCUGUAUUGCUUUGCUGUAUAAGAAGAAAUCUGCCCCAGUUCCUUUGAAUAAAGUGUCAGUAAAGUGUUUUUGUGAGUCGUUUUCUUUGAUAUCCGAUGCUCCAGUGCUUUUUGGGGAGCUACUUGCUAGUUGUCGCCCACCAGAUGGUCCUGGGGUGUUGGUUGAUCUUACCAGUGAGGUGAGGUGGCAGCAUUUUGCUGCGUGGCUGGUUAAGCUUGUUUGCAGGUUCCUGACAGAGGGGACGUUAUAUGUGGAAGGGCUUGUUAGCACAUCUUUUGUUUAUAAAGCAUGUUCCUUUUUGUGCUAUGGAGAUGCGACACUGCACAUGGCUUGCUUUGAUUUUGCACGGAUAGUGGCGACCGUUAUAGAUGUAGAUGUAGUUCCUGUUGAAGAGAUCAUCAAAUCAAUAUCAUGUAUUUCGGAGCAAGAUGAUAAGGAAGUUUCCAUAUUCAGAGAUACAGCUUAUGAUUCUGCCCUAGGCACUUGUCUUCAUGCAUUAUUAUCAGCCUGUCAAGAUGAUGUUGUUGAGAACAUAGCUGGUGAAAUAGCCAAGAUUUUUCCUGUGUCAAUUCAGAGGACACAAAGCUCUGAACUUCAGGUUGCUAUGUGUAGUGCAUACUUACGUAUUGCUAAAAUUUGCCCUACUCAUAUUUGGAGGCCAGGAAUCAUCUUGUCUUUGUUGUGCUCUCCAACACCUUGCUUGCCAUUAAUUAAUUGCAUCAGAAUGGUUAUUGAUGUUUGCUGUGGUUGCUUGGCUGAUAAAGAUGUUGAUGUUGGAAGAAACAUGUUGGAAAGUACCAAGAAACUUGUGUUACCAAAAGCUGGCCAGAAACGAUCAGUUGAGAGCAAUGAUGACUAUCACCGUAAACGUCAAAAAAUAGAAGAAAAUAAGUUGCUUCAGAGGUCAAACAUACUUUUUGGUAAUGGCACUGCUGGUUUACUGUCAUGCAAGUUGGAUGAAGAAUAUGCACUUGAGCUACAAAAAUCACUCUUAAAAUUUGUUGGUCUUCUUAAACCUGAAUGUUGCAGAACUGUUUCAUUGAAGCCAGCAACUGCAUUAAGAGCUCUUAGCAUGCUUUGUCUUGCCUAUUAUGAUUAUCCUGAAAUGGGGCUUUCUGUCAACAUCUUUCAGCAAGUGCUUUCAUGGAUACCUUGGAUAUGCAAGCAGGCUAAAGAAGAAGACUUUCUUGAAUUUGAUAUAUCCAUAUAUUUGGAAGCUGUUCAUAGUGUUCUGCUUCUACAAGGUUUUCUUCUCACAAGGAUGAAGUUGUUUCAAGAUGAUGAUUACUUGAAUGACACAACAAGCUUUAACUGUGAAAUUGUAAAACAUGCUGAUCUUGUAGAAUUACUAAAAUUGGCAUGGAAAAAUCCCUGUUUUGUGUCACAAGAUCAUACUCUAUGGAAGCUAAAAUGCCUCUGUAUUCAAGUUUUAUCUAAAAUUAGCAUGAAGAAAAGCAUUGACUCCAUUCUUGAAGUUUUUGACUUGGCUAUCCUUGAUGAAGCUGAAGUAGUUAAAGCUGAAGCUUUGAUAUCAAUGCCUGUGAUUGUCUUGUACUCAGGUCACCUUCCGCUGGCAAGUAUGUGGAAUAGACUGAAGUCAAUGGGUAGCAAUAGAGGUGAUCAAGUUUGCAAAUCUGUUCUCCUUUCCCUUGGAUACUUGUCAUGUCUUCAUCACUCUAUUGAACCCUCAUAUGCAGUGGAUGGUUCUUGCAAGUUGUUCUUUGGUGAUAGUUAUGAAAUUCAUAUUAAUACCUUGGAUAUUUUAUUGCGAGGAUUCUGGUGUCCUCAGUGUGACAAUUCUGUUGUGCACAACCAAGAGCAAUGGCGUAGUGUCAGCAUGCCCCAUCUACCAACAGGAAGCCCUAAUGUUGAUUUUGAUUUUAUUUAUCUGCACCACAUUUUCUUUCAGCUUAUUUCUGUUGAGUUGUCAGAGGAGCUCCAAACUGUUGGUGUUCAAGUAAUGUCUCGUAUUCUUAGGCAUUCAGCCAGAGAUGUUCUGCUGAAAACAAGAUUACAGUGGAUUGAGUAUAUUGAUUUUUGUCUGCUUCACAAAACAAGGGCCAUGAGGGAAGCAUUUUCUUCUGAAAUAAGCUGCUUUCUUCAGAAUCACAUUCUAGAUUGCUUAUUUAUGGAUGAAGAGGGAACAUGCAAUACAAAAGAGCACGGAAUUUUUGAUAGAAUAAAACAUGCUUUGGCAGGAGCAGAAGAUCCACAAGUCUUUGAGACUCUCCUGGAAUCAAUGGCUGAGGUUAUGAGUGUCAUUGGCAGCCACAAUCAACUUUUUGUGGGUGGACUUAUCUUGUUUGUUGAUCAGCUUGAUAAUCCUAAUCUGAUUGUAAGAAUUACUGCUUCAAGGUUAAUAAAGAAGUCUUGCUUUGUUAAUCGUAAAGGUGGUUUUGAACUAAUUUUCUCUAAAUCUUUUCAUAUUCGAGAUGUGCUCUUUGAUCAUCUUUGUUUAAGGCUUGUGAGUCGACCAGCCAUGGUCAAAGAAUUUGCAGAAGCUGUUGUUGGAGUCAGGGUUGAGGAACUUAUUGGAAAAAUGGUUCCUUUUGUUAUCCCUAAGCUUGUGGUUUCUCAAAAGCAUAACCAUCAAGCAGUCAUCAUAUUGCAUGAGUUGGCAAACUAUUUGAACACAGAUCUUGUACCACUGGUUGUUAAUUGGUUGCCAAAAGUGCUUGCUUUUGCGCUUUUCCAUGCAGAUGGGCAGGAGUUAUCCUCUGUUUUGCAUUUUUAUCAGGUAGAAACAGGAUCUGACAAUAGAGAGAUUUUUUCAGCUGCUUUGCCCCAACUCUUAGAUGAACUUCUGUGUUUUACUGGUGAGGGGGACAUGGAUGAAAUCGACAAAAGGACAAUAAGAGUUCCUAAGAUGAUCCAGGACGUGGCUACAAUUUUGACAGGCUCUGAUGAUCUUCCUGGUUUUCUGAAAAAUCAUUUUGUUGGUCUGCUAAACAGCAUUGAUAGGAAAAUGCUUCAUGCUGAUGACCUCUUGAUUCAGAAGCAGGCAUUGAAACGGAUAGAAAAGUUGAUUGAGAUGAUGGGCUCUUAUCUCAGUACUUAUGUGCCCAAAAUCAUGGUCCUACUGAUGUAUGCAAUUGACAAAGAAGCCCUUCAAACUGAUGGUCUUAAUGUUUUGCAUUUCUUUAUCAAACAAUUGGCGAAGCUUUCACCUUCUAGCACUAAGCAUGUGAUAUCUCAAGUUGUAGCGGCCUUUAUUCCAUCCUUGGAACGGUGCAUGGAAAUGCCUUCUUUGCAUUUGAAAAAAAUGGUUGAAGUUUUGGAAGACCUGAUUCUUGAGAACAAAUUGGUUCUUAAGCAGCAAAUACGUGAACUCCCACUGCUACCUAGUGUACCAGAGGUAUCAGAAGUAAACAAAGUUAUACAGGAGGUAAGGGGAUCAAUGACCCUCAGAGAUCAAUUAAGAGAUGCCAUUGAUGGUCUGAACCAUGAGAGCUUAAAUGUGAGGUAUAUGGUGGCCUGUGAGUUGAGCAAAUUGUUGAACAUAAAAAGAGAAGAUGUCAUGGUUCUUAUAUCUGGUGAGUCCCUCACAGAUUUGGAUGUAAUUAGUUCCUUGAUCACGUCCUUGCUCAGAGGGUGUGCAGAGGAAUCAAGAACUGCUGUAGGGCAGAGGCUGAAAUUAGUCUGUGCAGAUUGCUUAGGGGCACUUGGUGCUGUUGACCCUGCUAAGUUUAAGGGAAUAUCUAGUGAGCGUUUUAAGAUUGCUUGUUCUGAUGAUGAUCUAAUCUUUGAGUUAAUCCACAAGCAUUUAGCGAGGGCAUUUAGAGCUGCUUCUGAUACCAUUGUCCAGGAUUCAGCAGCAUUGGCUAUACAGGAGCUUCUCAAGCUGGCAGGAUGCCAAGAGUCGCUCAGUGGAAGCAUACAGGAGCAUGUGGAGAUAGACAAUUCUGAAGGCUCCAAUGAAAGUACAGCAAGAAAGAGGGGUCAGAGAUUGUGGGACCGCUUUUCUAAUUAUGUUAAGGAUAUUAUUGCACCAUGCUUGACAUCAAGAUUCCAACUUCCUAGUGCGACUGACACCACAUCCCCUGGUCCCAUUUAUCGUCCAACAAUGUCAUUCAGAAGAUGGAUUUUCUUCUGGAUCAGGAAGUUAACUGCACAUGCAACUGGUUCCCGUUCUGGUAUUUUCAGUGCAUGCCGUGGGAUUGUUCGUCAUGACAUGCAGACAGCUCUUUACCUGUUACCUUAUCUUGUACUAAAUGCUGUCUGCCAUGGUACCCAUGAGGCUCGUAAUGGCAUAAAUGAGGAGAUAUUAACAGUUCUUGAUGCAGAAGCUUCAGAGAACAGUGCUGCUGCUGUUCAUGGCAUCACAGGUGGGCAGAGUGAGGUUUGUGUCCAGGCUGUGUUUACACUUCUUGAUAAUCUUGGGCAAUGGGUUGAUGAUCUCAAACAAGAAAUUGCUCUCUCGCAGUCAAUGUGUGCAUCAGGAUCAAAGCAAACUGCCAAGUUGAAAAGUGGGUCUAAUCCACAUGUGGAUUCGCAGGACCUCCUUGUCCAGUGCAGUAAUGUCUCAGGGUUGCUGUCUGCCAUACCAAAAGUUACCCUUGCGAAGUCUUCCUUUCGUUGCCAGGCGCAUGCUCGUGCUCUAAUGUACUUUGAGUCGCAUGUGCGGGAGAAAUCAGGUUCUUUUAACCCAGCGGCUGAGAAUAGUGGGAUAUUUGCGGACGAAGAUAUCUCUUUUUUGUUGGAAAUAUAUAGUGGUUUAGAUGAGCCUGAUGGUCUUUCUGGUUUUGCGAACUUGAGGAAAUCUUCAAACCUUCAAGACCAUUUUGUUAUCAAUGAAAAGGUAGGAAAUUGGGCUGAAGUACUGACUUCAUGUGAACAGGCUUUGCAGAUGGAACCUCAGUCUGUUCAGAGGCAUGCAGACGUUCUGAAGAGUUUGUUGAACAUGUGCCACCUUCAAGCGAUGGUUACCCAUGUUGAUGGUUUGAUUUGUAGAAUACCUCAAUAUAAGAAGACGUGGAGCAUGCAAGGAGUGCAGGCUGCUUGGAGGUUAGGGAGAUGGGAUCUGAUGGAAGAAUAUCUCUCCGUUGCAGAUAAAGAGGGUUUAAUAUGUAGCAACAUCGAGAGCAAUGCUUCCUUUGACUUGGGCCUUGCCAAGAUUAUCCAGGCAAUGAUGAAGAAAGACCAGUUUCUGGUUGCUGAGAGGAUUGCCCAGGCUAAACAAGCAUUGCUUGCCCCCUUGGCAGCUGCAGGUAUGGACUCCUACAUGCGUGCAUACCCAUUUGUGGUAAAACUUCACAUGAUACGUGAAUUGGAAGACUUCCAUGCUCUUCUUGGGGAUGAAUCAUUUCUUGAAAAGCAGUUUUGUGAAGAUCUUCCUGGAUAUUCAAAAUUAAUAAAGGACUGGGACAGUCGUCUUCGCUUCACACAACCAUCCCUUUGGGCAAGGGAGCCAUUGCUAGCUUUCCGCCGGUUAGUUUUCACUGCAAGUAAUAUGGGAGCUCAAGUUGGGAAUUGUUGGCUUCAAUAUGCAAAGCUGUGCCGCUCUGCAGGUCAUUAUGAAACAGCUAACCGAGCAGUGUUAGAAGCCCAAGCUUCAGGUGCUCCAAAUGUUCACAUUGAGAAGGCAAAACUUCUUUGGAGCACAAGAAAAUGUGAUUCUGCAUUAUCUGAACUGCAGCAGUUGCUUCUCAACAUGCCAGCAGAAGUUUUGGGAUCUGCUGCCAUCUCGUCUCUCACUAGCCUUUCACUCAUUCUACCUAAUCCACUAACUUUUUCUACCACACAGGCAUCAAAAGAAAAUCAUAAUGUUGCUAAAACAAUUCUUUUGUACACGAGAUGGAUUCAUUGCACUGGUCAAAAGCAGAAGGAAGACAUUAUCAACCUUUAUUCUAGAGUCAGAGAGUUACAACCUAAGUGGGAGAAGGGAUAUUUUUUCAUGGCCAAAUAUUGUGAUGAUUUGCUUGUUGAUGCUAGGAAAAGGCAGGAGGAUACUCUAAUGGGUAUGCGGUCUGGACAAGGAAUGAUGUCAUCUUCUUCUGUUAGCAAUCAAUCUUUGAGUUCCAACACGGAGGAGAAGCCUUGGUGGUCUUACCUUCCUGAUGUGUUACUGUUUUAUGCAAAAGGACUCCACAGAGGCCAUAAGGAUCUCUUUCAAGCUCUACCAAGAUUGUUAACUCUUUGGUUUGAAUUUGGAAGCUGGUAUCUUAGGGAUGGGUUAUCGUCCAACAAGUCUUUGAAAACUGUCCAUACAAGGGUCUUGAGCAUCAUGCGGGGUUGCCUGAAAGAUCUCCCCACGUAUCAAUGGCUUACAGUUUUGUCUCAGUUGAUCUCCCGGAUCUGCCACCAAAAUGAAGAUAUUGUUCGAAUUGUUAAGCAUAUUAUUACAUCUGUUUUGCAAGAAUAUCCCCAGCAAGCUCUUUGGAUGAUGGCUGCAGUGUCAAAGUCAACUGUUGCUGCAAGACGUGAAGCUGCUGCUGAGAUUAUACAGGCAGCACGUAAAGGGAUCCGACGUGGGAAAGACAACAGCAGCCUGUUUACUCAAUUUGCCAGCCUAAUUGAUCAUCUGAUAAAGCUGUGCUUUCAUCCUGGGCAACCAAAAGCAAGGAUAAUUAACAUCCUGACUGAGUUCAGUGCAUUAAAACGAAUGAUGCCACUAGGAAUUAUAAUGCCACUUCAACAAGCUCUCACUGUUACAUUACCAUCUUAUGAUGCAAGUGCCUCUGAUCCGCCUGAUGUUAAUGUUUUCUCGGAUUCUGAUCAUGUUACCAUAAUUGGUAUAGCAGAUGAGGCUGAAGUUCUUUCAUCUCUUCAGCGGCCAAAGAAGGUUGUCUUUCUUGGAAGUGAUGGGGCUCAUCAUCCAUUUCUUUGCAAACCCAAGGAUGAUCUUAGGAAAGAUGCUCGCAUGAUGGAGUUCACUGCAAUGAUCAACCGUCUGCUAUCCAAAUUCCCUGAGAGCCGGAGGAGAAAACUCUACAUUCGCACGUUUGCAGUAAUACCACUUACCGAGGAUUGUGGAAUGGUAGAAUGGGUGCCUCACACUCGUGGGCUUCGACAGAUUCUUCAAGACAUCUAUGUAGCCGAUGGGAAGUUUGAUCGUCAGAAGACCCAUCCUCUGGUCAAGAGGAUAUAUGAUCAGUGUUCAGGAAAGAUGCCCGAAGAUGAGAUGCUCAAGUCAAAGAUUCUCCCGAUGUUCCCUCCAGUUUUUCACAAGUGGUUCCUGAUCACAUUCUCGGAACCAGCAGCUUGGUUCCGGGCCAGGGUUGCUUAUGCUCACACCUCUGCUGUCUGGUCCAUGGUAGGGCAUAUUGUAGGGUUAGGUGACAGACAUGGGGAAAAUAUCCUUUUUGAUUCCACCACUGGUGACACUGUUCAUGUGGAUUUCAGCUGCUUGUUUGAUAAGGGUUUGCAGUUAGAGAAGCCUGAGCUGGUACCUUUCAGGUUGACACAGAACAUGAUUGAUGGUCUGGGCAUCACUGGUUACGAGGGUGUCUUUUUGAAGGUAUGUGAGAUCACAUUGUCAGUGCUAAGGGCACACAAGGAGACUUUAAUGAGUGUUCUUGAAACUUUCAUCCAUGAUCCCUUGGUUGAGUGGACGAAAUCUCAUAAGUCUAGUGGAGUAGAGGUUCAAAAUCCCCAUGCUCAGAGGGCAAUUAGCAACAUCAAAGCUCGGUUGCAAGGAGUUGUGGUUGGUGUGGGUGCGGCACCAUCUCUUCCUUUAGCUGUAGAAGGACAGGCACGACGCUUGAUAGCCGAAGCAGUAUCACACAAAAACCUCGGAAAGAUGUACAUCUGGUGGAUGGCUUGGUUUUAGGUGUUGGUGGAAGUAUCCCCUCUAUCCCUUUGAUUCUACCAUCAUGUUUUGGCUUGUCAAGAUGAAUACACUGAAAUGGAGGCAUCACUUGAUCCUUUUUGGUCCUAAAAAUGUCUGCAGAUGGUGUUACUAAGUUAUCCAUCGCCAGAUUAUCUGAUGACUUCCGGAUGAAUAGCCUUGUUACAAAGACCAGUUGAUUGUGGGGGUUCAACCGCAUGCUUUGUUAUAUUUUGGUCUGAUGCACCCAUCCAUCAGGUGUGCAAUUUUGGAUGGAGAGAAAACAAGGAUAUGCAUUAUAUAAUUGAAACUAACAAGUCUUAUCCGUUGUGAUGCUUGAGCUGUUGUAUUAUUGAGUUUUGUUAACUUAAAACUAAAGGUAUUAUAAGUGUACAUAUAAACCAUGAUGUAUAGUGGAAUCAAACUGUUGAAUCUAUUGUGAUCA